AAUUCAAACGGUUUUCUAUCGUUAUUCUUUUCGUCAGGCUCCAUUUCCCCUCUCUCCCUUCUAUCAUUCUGCGAGCAAAAAAGCCGUUUUCGAUUCGGGUCGGGUCGUCAAGCAUCCUCUUUCCUUUUCACCUUCACUACACGGUGACGCUUGCGACCCACCUCACAUAAUUCGAUUCGGAUUUCUGCUUCUGCGAUUGAGAUGACGUAUCGCGAGGACGAAGACGACGCUACUUACGUAAAGGAGGUGGAUCCGAGCCCUACGGUCCGAAUCCAUGUCGAUGAUGACAAUGGUGAUUACGUCAAAUUGAGCAGCAGCCCACAGGAAGAGGAGGAGAACCCUUCUCCUCCGUCAAGAUUAGCUGGCGUCCCUGUGUGGUAUCUAGUCAAAUUGUCCGUCACUUGCACGUGCCUAGCGAUCGCCGGUUUUUUCCUUUUCAAAUGGCUUGGACCCCCUUUCAUCGAAAAGGUGAUUAUUCCCCUAAUAAACUGGGAGGAAGAGACAUUCAGUCCUCCAGUGUUAGCUGCUCUGAUGUUUGCUUCUGUAGCACUAUUCCCUGUUUUCUUUUUGCCAUCUUCACCUACCAUGUGGAUGACUGGAAUGUCAUUUGGUUAUGUUGUUGGGUAUAUGAUAAUAGUAUCUGGAGUAGCUAUAGGAGUAUCACUCCCCUUUUUCAUUGGUUCAUUCUUCCAUCGUAGAAUUGAAGAGUGGUUAGAAAAGUAUCCAAAGAGAGCUGCUGUUCUAAAAGCUGCUGGUGGAGGAAAUUGGUUUCACCAGUUUAAGGCAGUGGCUUUAAUAAGGAUUUCUCCAUUCCCAUACAUACUUUACAACUAUUGUGCUGUGGCGACAGAGGUUCAAUACUGGCCUUACUUGCUUGGAUCCUUGGUGGGAAUGCAAUUCGAUAUAAUUACUUCAAUCUAUACGGGAAUUUUGAUAAGGGCAUUUGCUUCUGUGCAUAAAGAGAACACUCUAUCCUCUGCUGCGCCCCACGUUUCAGUAACUUUGGUUGGCUUCAGCAUGAUUGUGGGUACAGUGAUCUUUUUCACGGUCUAUGCAAAGAGGCAGCUCAGGGAGCUCCAGAAAGAAGAUCAGCGGCUUUUGGGGUAAUCAACUAACUUCAACUCAAAUCUGAUAGCGUCACUACUAACAUUGCAGAAUUUGGGUGAGGCUUGAACAUCAUCAUCUAUGAUAAUUGGAGGGCCAAAUAUAGGAAUUUUCUAUCGCAGGUAGGGGGGAGGGGUGACCAAGGAGGAGCUAGCUAUAACACAAACCAAUUGGCAUCUCUUCCUUUUUCCAUUUUGUUUAUAAAAAUGAAAUUUUGUUUCUGGGUUGCUUCAUGCUUGCAGCUCAAUUGUCAUUGUUUAUGAAUGAAAUUUCCACUUAGGGAGUUCUUUUAUGAAUUCGCAAUUGCUUA